CGUUACUUUGCAUUCUAUUCCAUCUCACCUCACCUCACCCCACGCAAGUCAUCACGUCCCGAAACUUUGUGCGAGAAGGCUUAUUUCAGCCUUCAGGCCUCGAGGCGCUGUGAUGGCUGCUAGCAAGCAGUCAGUCCUGCUCCUCUCCCCACUACACAUCCUCAGCACUCCACAAACGCUCUUUUCCCUCGGCCUGUCCCUCUUCUGGUGCCUCGUCGUCAUCUCCCUCUACCACCUGGACAUCUUAUCCACCCAAAGUGGCUGCUGGCAGCAAAAAGCAGCAGAGCGCACACUUGGUGGCCUUGCCUCGGUCACGGGUCUGCUGUUGGCUUUUCGGUCCAACUCGGCGACCUCUCGAUGGGAUGGAGCGUCCAGGUGUUGGGCGAGCAUUCAGGCUGCUGAACGGAGCCUGAUGAGGCUGUUGAGCGUUAGCUUGUGGCAUGAUGUGCAGGCUGGCAGAGACGACGGUGACGAUGACGAGGUGGAAGAGACGGCGCAGCUCGAGGAGCACGUAGAUGAUUUUCUGCGCCUCUUUCCCUCGUUCGCUCUGGCCGUGCUUGUGCACCUCGAGGCUUCGGCGCCCGGUGGUAGCAGACAGAUGAGUAGCUCACGCAGCAGCAGCAAGCUCCCCUGGUCGCUAAGCACCAGCGAUCCAGAGGACGUCAAGGCAUCGAAAGCAGCACUCCGGUCGGUGCUCCCCACUUUCUUCCUGCGAUCUCUGGACUUCUCUACCUCACCAUCUUCAUCGAGGCUCAGCCGUCUUCCCUCCUCUUCAUCAUCCGUCGCCUCACGGCAUUCCCACACAAAGGCUCGAGGACUGUCGAGCGAAGCAGAGCGCGAACUCAAUCUAUCCCAGAACAUCGAUGGACCUCUCGACCUCCCACGGCGCUCCGCACCGCACGUCGACCCGCUUACUGGGAGCAUCGUACCGCGCAACCUACCUGUGGACAUGCUAAGGGAGAUGCAGACGGGUCUCGUACGUUUCCACCAGGGGGUCACUGCUACGACUAGCCGGCAGAGGAGUAAGAGCCAGCCUCGCCGAGAAGUCAAGCUCUCCGGGCCCGUCUUUGCGCACAGCGUCGGGUUGCUCAACACGCUCAGCUCCCAGUUGACCGAGCUCGAGAGGCUGAGGGAUACGCCCAUCCCUGCCCUCCUUUCCUCGCACCUGCGUCUACUGCUCAAUCUACAGCUCGCGCUCACCCCGCUAGCCCUCGCGCGGGCGUACGUUCCGCUGCUGUACCUUCCGCUACCCUGCUUGAUUCUGGCAGUCGGUACUUGCGGAUUGCACGCCGUCUCGGAAGGGCUCAGCAUGCCGUUCGGGAGGGCGAGGGAGAAGCUGCCUAUGAGGAGAUUAUGUGCUGACAUUGUGGGGGACUGGAGAGAAACUGUAGCGAGGGUCAGGGAGCUGGGGAGAAGAGAGGCAGAGUAUGGCGAAGAGGCAGAAAAGUACGAAAAGCAGGGUGAGAACGAGUCGAACGGCAGCGGAGGGGCGGCCGAUAGGGAUAACACGAGAAUAGGUAGUGAGAAAGCAGACGAGGCCAAGGCGAGUCCUAAGGCUCCUGCGUGGUCGUCUUCGAUGGAGACGGCAAUCCCGCAACAAGACGACCCGCCUCUCCGCAAGCGUCGCAGUCGUUGGUUACGCUGGGGUGGCGUGAGGUCCCGAAGCAGCCCUACAAACGGAAGUGCAGCUGGCAGCGGUGGAGAUGCGACCCAACCAUCGCCUCGAGCCUUUGCCAAUCACGACGAGAACGACGACGACGACGAUGUCGAUUUGCACGGGCAUAGCCAGGCGUACGCUGCUGGGGACGAGGCAGACGCCGAGGCGCUCGCGGCUGCUGACCGGGUGGCCGCGUCGUAUGGGCAGGGACCAGAUUGAGGCGCAGCAGCUUGUGUCGAUGAGAAGCAGCAUCAAGAUAGGGAGGGUUUUUCAUCUGUACAAUAUCCACCAUCCAAUGUUCAGACAAGGGCGCGUAGCAGCGCAUCGCCAUUGGGGAAAAAUAUCAAAGCGCUGCGGAUCUCAAUUCAAGUCGUAGCUAAAAAAACAAAAGAAGUGCGAAGAGGUGUAGAAAGUGAAGAGACCAAUGAUGAAGAAAGGGAGGACGACAGCGCCUCGUAGGGCCGCUGCCUCGAAGAAGAAAGGCGACUAGCAAGGCGUGCCGAGGUUGAGGCUGUUCAGGGCGAGGGCGACGAGUCAAAGGUGUCAUCCGAAGAGGAUGUCGAUUAGAGAGAAGUUGAAAAUCGCGGAUCGAUGGUGAGGGAGCCCGCGUGGCCGUGGGUGGUGAUUAGCUGACUAGAUAAUAGUGCGGAAUGCAGAGCGAUUGGCGUU